AUUUAUCAUGUUAUAUGUUAUAUGCAAUUUCACAACAGUCGUAGGAUUGCUAGGGUUCUCUGUAAUGCUUGAACUUAAAUCUGAUUCUGCUUCAAAAGGAAGAAAAUUUUCACAAACAUGAGGAUAGCAGUAGAAGGGUGUAUGCAUGGAGACCUCGACAAGGUCUACACGACCAUUCAAUACAUUGAAAGCACUCAAAACAUCAAAAUCGACCUCCUCCUCUGCUGCGGUGACUUCCAGGCAGUGAGGAAUGAGAAGGAUAUGGAGAGCCUUAGCGUGCCACCAAAGUACCGGGAGAUGAAGUCAUUCUGGAAGUACUAUUCUGGUCAAGAGGUUGCGCCGGUUCCGACUAUAUUUAUCGGUGGAAAUCACGAAGCUUCAAAUUAUUUGUGGGAAUUGUAUUAUGGUGGGUGGGCAGCACCUAAUAUAUACUUCUUGGGGUUUGCUGGAAUUGUCAAGUUUGGCAAUAUCCGUAUUGGCGGACUUUCUGGAAUCUACAAUGCACGCCAUUAUCAUUUAGGACACCAUGAAAGGCCUCCUUAUAAUGACAGUACUAUCAGGUCUGUGUAUCAUGUUCGUGAGUAUGAUGUUCACAAACUAAUGCAAGUUGAAGAACCAAUUGAUAUUUUUCUUUCUCAUGAUUGGCCUCUUGGUAUCACUGACUAUGGGAAUUGGAAGGAACUUGUUCGGUACAAAAAACAUUUCAAGGAAGAGAUCCAGGAAGGAAGUCUUGGAAGUAAAGCUGCCGCUCAGCUUUUGGAGAAACUUAAACCACCUUAUUGGUUUUCAGCUCACCUGCACUGCAAGUUUGCUGCUCUUGUGCAACAUGAGGAAGGUGGCCCUGUCACAAAAUUUCUUGCUCUUGACAAAUGUCUCCCAGGACACAAAUUUUUACAGGUUGUUGAAAUUGAAUCGGCACCAGGUCCUUAUGAGAUUCAAUAUGAUGAAGAAUGGCUGGCAAUAACUCGAAAAUACAAUUCUGUCUUCCCUUUGACCAUUAGAAGGGGAAAUUUUAGCAAUACACUACUUGACAAGCAAGAUUGUUGUGAAUGGGUUAAAAGCAGACUACAAGCAAGAGGAGCCAAACCAUUUGAGUUUUCACUGACAGUUCCCCCUUAUAAUCCCUCUCAGCCAGUUGCUAUUGCCUCUGUUUCUGGACAUCACCGAAAUCCUCAAACAGAAUCUUUGUUGCAAUUUCUAGAACUCCCAUAUGUUCUUGAUAACACAGCAGAAUCAAGGGAGCUAACGAAUAGUCCUGCUCCAUUGACUCAAUCAGAUGAUUACAGUGAAGAGAUUCCCAUUGAAGAUGUUGACGAUGAAGAAGAUCCUGAACAUGGGAACGAGUGAGAAAAAAAAGAUCCUAAACAUAGAUCGAGUAAGACAAUGUAAGCAUGUGGGUGUGAUGGUGUGAUGCUACCUUCUAUCAUUGCCCUUUCUCCUUCAAAGUAUCAGCCAUACACUCCUGGAUUGUACCUCAGACGCCAACCAAGUCGUGUAUACCCAUGUGGUCCACCAUUCUCCUCACCUUGGAAGCUCACUCACCUUGUAAAUUAGCAACUAACACAAUGGAUCACGAUGCAAGGACUUUUUUGUUCAAGAAUACUAAUGAUUUUAAGUUUAUCAAUUUGUUUUUCAGCAUGAACUAAUUAAAUAAAUGUUUGAUUUAUUA